UUUCAAAGUGAGCUAUCUGAGACCAAUUUUGCUCCUCAGAAACCCGGUAUACUCAUCUGUAGUGCCGAAUUGCUCUUAAGAUGGCGAUCAGAAAGCUCGCCCACCCGUCGUUGACGGUUACUGACAACCGCACCGGAAAUACCUACGAGCUGCCCAUUACUCACAACAGCGUGCUUGCCACAGACAUCAAAAAGAUCAAGGCUCAAGCUGGGACGAACAAUGACCGGCCAGAGGACGAGACGGACCAGGGCCUCAGGGUCUACGAUCCGGCGUACAUGAACACGGCCGUCGUCCAAAGCCGGAUCACAUACAUCAAUGGCCAGGAGGGCAUUUUGCGGUACCGCGGCUAUCCCAUCGAACAGCUUGUCAAGAAGAGCAACUUCCUCGAGUCUGCUUACCUGCUGAUGUACGGAGAGCUACCGACGACCUCGCAGUACAGCCAAUGGACCGACGAGAUCAUGCACCACACAUACAUCCACAGUGACAUUGAAGCCAUGUUCAAGUCAUUCCGCUACGACUCCCAUCCCAUGUCCAUGUUGACAUCCGCGUUCGCGACAAUGGGCGCUUUUGCCCCCGAGGCCAAUCCGUCACUCCAAGGCCAAAAGCUCUUCACAAACGCCGCGUCAGGAGACCUCGAGUCACUCAAGAUUCUGGACAAGCAAAUCCUGCGCAUCAUCGGAAAGGCGCCCACCCUGGCGGCUGCGUCGUAUCGUAUGCGCCAAGGACGACCCUUCAACCGACCAGCGCAAGGGCUUUCGUACACAGGAAACUUCCUUUACCUGCUCGACAACCUGUCCGGAUACGAGUACCGACCACACCCUGUUCUAGAGAAGGCGCUGGACGCCCUCUUCAUCAUUCAUGCUGACCACGAGGUCAACUGCUCCACGGCGACAGUUCUGCAGGUUGGCAGCUCUCUGGUGGAUCCCUACAGCGUUGUCUCGGCUGGCUGCGCCGCUCUCUACGGGCCUUCGCACGGUGGUGCGUCUGAAAGUGCUAUCCGCAUGCUCAUGGAGAUCGGGUCGCCCGAGAACGUGCCCGGUUUCAUGGCCAAGGUUGAAAAGCGCGAGCGCGUCCUGGUGGGGUUCGGACACCGCGUGUACAAGAACGUCGACCCUCGCUCCACAGCGAUCCGCGAGCUGGCCGAGGAGGUGUUCGCUGUGACGGGACGCAACAAGCUUCUUGAUACGGCCUUGACGCUGGCGCAGUAUGCGAGGGAGAGCGAGUUUAUGCGCAGCCGUAACUUGUACCCCAAUGUGGACUUUUACUCGGGCCUCAUCUACCAAGCCAUGGGUUUCCCUCUAGACUUCUAUCCUGUCCUCUUUGCCGUGCCUCGCUGCGUUGGCUGGCUGGCGCACUGGAGACAGCAGAUGCUCAACCCAUCUGGCGUCAAGAUUUGGAGACCGAGGCAGCUCUAUCUUGGCGAGGGCGAGAGGCAGUAUGUCGAAGCGAGCGAGAGACAAGCCAAUGCCGACAGCACGGUCUUUGACGCGCCGGUGGAAGUGAGCCACGGCGGCGACAGCAAGAGGAACAAUCUUGCCACCUAUAAGGACGAGCGGGGCGAGAUUUUCAAGCCGAGGCUUUGAGCUGCGUUGCGAGAUAGACAGCGUGAUACUGUACAAUUACUACCGAAUUGGUGCACCCAGAGAGAGCCUCAUCAGUUAAUCCAUGUUGUUUUGGCUCAGCCCCUUAACGUUGCAAGGCGCAUGCAGCAAUGCCGAUAUGCAUCUACACGGAAUUAGAUGGAAGCUUCCACGGCAGGAACGAUUGCCCCCACC